GAGACGAGAAUGGAGACGAAGUAUGGCGGCUUGACGGACUAUAACAGAAACCAGGAGAAAUCAAUCUUAAUGCCUUCACGAGCCGUGGGAAAGAAUUUUAAGCCGAAAGUACUUGUCUGGACUGACUUAACACUUGACAAUGUGGUAGACAUUCAGAGAAGUGAAACUCCAGAGGAUGUACAAAGGCUAUUGGCAGACAUCUUCCACCUAACAGAUUGGAAAGAAGACCUCAGGCAGGGCAUCUUAGUGGAUCUAUAUUUCUACACGAUACAUUUUGGUAAGGACAAUGGAUUUACGGCAGAACAAAUGUCAGCAUGGUUCUCUAUUGUCAAGUGUGUUCAUGAGAUGGCUGUUGAUACACCGUAUGGGAAUGUGGAGCCAGUUUUUGAAUACUUCAAGGAACUUCUUCUUUGUCAUUCUGUCAAGAGACCACCCUACAGUAUCGCUCUCUUCUCAGUUGAUCAAGUGAAGAAGCUUACCACAUGUGCAGUCAACACUUACUUCAGGCAUUUUAAGAUGUACAAGUAUACAUUCACACCAAAGGUUUGUCUUGACCUUAGUUUGAAAUAUGUUGGAUUGCCAGAGACACCAGAACCUUCUGAAGUUGAUGAAGCAGACCAAGAAGCUGAUGGUGGGGCUGAACAGGUUACUGGUGAUGCCGAGAAAACAGAAGAGGAUACACUCGCUUCUCAGCAAGAAGACACUCAUGCAGUGAAAGAACUCAAAGCCAUCAUAAACUCAGCUCUUUCUGAACAAGUUCAAAAACUCAAAACAAUUGUGGAUCAACAAUUAAAAGCACAAGAUGAAGAAAUCGCCAUGAAGAUGGGCAUCUCCGCUGAUGUUUCCGGCCCACCAAAAAGUCCCAAAACAAAGAAAAGAGGAAAAUAGACUAUUGACCUCUAAAUAAGUGAGAGGAUAUUGAGCAUGUGACCACGCUGUGACCAUGAAAGUUUCAUCCUGUACUCACGCGCCAGUUUUGAGUAAAUUAUUGUAAAAAGAACCUCUGCUAAUGUUCGGCAUCACGAUGAAAGGUCAAUAACUUUUACAGUGUAUUUCAUCAAAUAUAAACACAAUCCAUGUAGAUCAUCAAAGGAGCGAUGCUUAUACUUCCAGUUUGUAUUGCGCAGCGUUAACAUAGUGAUAUAGGGCUAAUGUCGAGAAGAGUGUGAUCACGUGCUGCUAAAGAAAAAGAAGCGCAUUUUUUUCUUCGAAUGGUAAAUUCGCUGAUCACAACCUUGGUUUUAAGUCCCCUCUAAUCUUUUAAAUUUCUAGCCAUUAUCACGGCAUCCCCUAUUUCAACGGGAAACUACUUUCGUUUACAGACAGGUAAUUUGGAACAACGCGAUAAACAAUUCGAAAGAUAUUGCAUUUGCACUAACAUAAUGACUACAACCAACGUUGUAUAAUUUAAAAGUGUGGUUCUCAUACCUUUGACAUGUUUUAUACGUAUAAACAGACAUUUAAACUAAG